GCUAGAUUAGAAUUUCACGCUUUCUUGCACGUAGAAUAUUACGUGAAAUAGGUAAAGAAAAAUUAUGACAAUUGAUACAAUGGCACCAGCUCAAGCACAAGCAUCAGCACCGGCACCAGCACAAGCAACCAACAACAAUGAGGCACAGAAGAAGAGCAACAGAAUUCAAGUGUCUAACACCAAAAAACCACUCUUCUUCUAUGUCAACCUUGCAAAGAGGUACAUGCAGCAGCAUACUGAGGUUGAGCUUUCUGCUUUGGGCAUGGCUAUCACUACGGUUGUCACAGUUGCUGAGAUUUUGAAGAAUGGUGGAUUUGCCACAGAAAAGAAGGUUUUAACAUCCACAGUUGGAAUGAAAGAUGAGGCCAAAGGUCGCAUGGUUCAGAAAGCAAGAAUUGAGAUUGUGUUGACAAAGAGCGAAAAGUUCGACAAGCUGAUGACACCAAACAAUAAUGGUGAGCGUGCAGUAGCACAAAAUUCAGCAGCAACCAAGAAUAACAAUGACAACAAGGAGCAAAUCAAGAAGUAGAAUUACUUCUUGGGUUAAAAUGUCAUUCUUACUGUAUCUCAGUCUAGAUAUGAGGAUGCUAUAUUAUUAUUCUGCUAUUAUUUCUUAUUAUAUUUGUUAUUAUUAUUAUGUUAAGUGAGAGAGGCUAUUAUAUUAUUAAAAAAAUACAGAGUGACAGCAAAAGCAACCCACAACAAAGAGUGUUGUUUGUGAGUUGUGGCUUUUAGGAUUACUAUUUGCCUCCCAUAGAGUUUGCAACCAUUUUGCAGUUUCCUUUUUCAAACUUGUAUCUUCCAAAGAUACAGCACAUAUAUAAUAUGAUUGCUGUUUUGUUUGUUGCUA